GCCUUACGGAGUUUGCGCAGCCCGAAGCAAGCCGGGGGAAGUCAGGCAGCGGAGGGUUGCCUUAGGCCGCCCGGCGACCGUGUCUUCCUUCUCCUCCCCCCCCAAUAAUUUGGGGGAGGCGGAAGCAGGAGGGCUGGGUUGGGGGCAGGCAGACCUGAGGAACCCAGGCGUCCGAGGAUGUGGUGGGGGAAGCCGGGACCUUAGCUUGAGAGAAGGCGGGGGGGGGAAGAGAGAGAGGGGGGGUUAGAGGACACGAAAGGACCCAGGCGUCCGAGGGGAGAGGGAGACACCCCCCCACCAGAAAGCCGGAGAAGCAAGGGUUAAAGGACACCCCCCCCCAUACACACACACACUUUUUCAGAAAUUAAAACUGGACCAAGGUCAUCCGGUGGCCUAGAACCUGCGGAAAAGCAGGGAGGAUGGAGGGCUGAGGGACCCAGGUGUCCAAGCUUCUGGGGGGGAGGGAGGAAUCAAAAGCCUAGAAAGGGGAGAAUAAGAGGGAGCAGGUGUCCCAGGAGCUGGAAGCAGUGGGUCAGAGGACUGCAGCUGGAAGGGGUUUGGGAGGAUCAGGAUAGGGCCCCCAGCUGACCCAGAUCCUGGCUGGUCUAGGGAGGAGUCCUUGGUUGGGGAGAACAGCAUCCAGAUUUGGGGUCUGCACCCUCCUAGGAGGGUCCCCUGCACCCCACUUCAAGGACCAGGGCUGGAUCUUGACCCCCAUGUCGUCUUAGCAGAGGCGGUUCUGGUGGGUGGGCAUCAUCCACCGUCCGUUAUUCCUCCUCCCAUGGAUCUGGCCAACCUCCCCUGAGCCCUCUUGCUUCAGGGGUCCCGGGUCCCGCUGGUCGGAAAGGAUGGGCACCACCCUCUGGGUGGAGGGCAGCUCCGCCGUCUUAGGAAGGGGGUCGUCGAAUCCACGGUGGUGAUGGUGGUUGCCCCCCUCCCUCCCCUUGACGUCUCCAGCCUGGAAAUGAUGCCCUCCUGAAUGGGACCGGACGCCCCUCCGUCGCCCGCCCUCGAGAUGGAGAAGGCCGCCGGCAACCUCAGCGCCAUCGUGCCCGCCUCGCGCCUUACGCCGGCUUUCCCGCCCGCCGUCAAGGUCGGACUCACGGCGCUCUACACCACCCUCUACGCCUUACUUUUCCUCUCGGUCUAUGCCCAGCUUUGGCUGGUGCUCUUCUACCGCCACAAGAAGCUGAGUUACCAGACCGUCUUCCUCUUCCUCUGCCUGAUCUGGGCCGCCCUGCGGACCACCCUUUUCUCCUUCUACUUCAGGAAUACCCUCAAGGCCAACCACUUGAGCCCUUUCUUCUUUUGGCUCCUCUACUGCUGCCCCGUCUGCCUCCAGUUCUUCACCUUGACCCUCAUGAACCUCUACUUUGCCCAGGUGGUUUUCAAGGCUAAAGCGAAAUAUCGCCCUGAACUGACCAAAGGCCUGUUGGUGGUGCGAGGGGCGUGUCUGGGUGCCAGCCUCCUCUUUCUGGCCGUGAACGUGGCGUGUGCCGUGCUGGUGCGGGCACGCCGUGCCGAGCCCUGGGCGGUGGUCCUGGCCCGGGUGCUCAUCAGCGACUCGCUCUUCGUGCUUGGGGCCGUCACCCUCGCCCUGUGUCUCUGCCUGGUGGCCCGUGGCUCUCCGUCCACGCGCAUCUAUUUGGAAGCAAAGGGCACCACGCUGUGCCAAACUGCUGCCAUGGGUGGCGCCAUCGUCUUGCUGUAUGCCAGCCGAGCUUGCUACAACCUGGCGGCCUUGGCACUAUCCUCUCGCACCCGCCUGGACUCCUUUGAUUACGACUGGUACAACGUGUCUGAUCAGGCGGAUCUGAUUACUGAUCUCGGCGAUCAAGGCUAUGUCGUCUUCGGCCUCAUCCUGUUCGUCUGGGAAUUGUUGCCCACGACGUUGUUGGUUGGCUUCUUCCGCGUGCACCGGCCGGUUCAGGAUAUGAGCGCCAGCAGGGUGUUCAACCGUCAGCUUGGAGUCUCCCGUUCUUAUUUCUUCGACCACCUGGGGCAGAGGGAGAGCGAAGGACUGACCAGCAGCCUGACGGGACGACUGGGCAGCGGGAACUGGUAUGGCUCCAUCAACCGCGGCGGGGAGCCAGAAUGGUUCGGGGGCCACCCUCCCACGGCCCCACUUCUGUUCUCGCAGGCGGCGGUCUCCGGCGGGCAUCACCACAGCCUCUAUUCCACCCCACAGAACUGAAGGAAUCACGUAGGGAGGGUCAGCGGGGCAAGGGGGAGUGCAGGUUUGGAGCACGCAGGCGGUCACGGUAGGAGAGAUUUACCUAUGCAGGGUGUACGUGUGUUUGUGCGCAUCGUGAAAAGGCCGGCGCAGGAAUGCACAAACGGUGGUUGAGCCACCGCCCGUUUCCGAAAUGCUGUCGUCCAGGAAAAUGCAACUGAAUUUUUUUGAGCCACGAGACACAGUUGGAUUUUUGCCGGCUUCUUGGUCUACAUGCUUGAAAUUUACCUGCCCUUCCCCAACCGUCUGUUUGACCUCCCUCAUCUCCCCAGGUAUUUAACCAAUAGUAUACUGAGAUACACUAGCACUUUAAAUGAGCUUGGGGAGGUUUUGUUUUACCUGCAAUGUCCUUGUUUAAAUGAAUUCUGAUCAAAAUGGGCUGGGAUGGGGAAGGGGUGUCUCUCUUCUCCCCCUAUUCCCCCCCCCCCACAGACACACACCCCUGAGCCAGUAGCUGCAGUGUUUUGGAGUAGCCUUUUCUGUUCGUUAUAUGCUAGACAUGCUGCAGUUUUUGGUGCUUCCCCGUUGUGUUCCCCGCACCCCCAAUCCAGUCACCCUACAAAUAAAGUAAAUUUUGUGUUUAGCGACA